GCGCGAAGCAUCACUGCGCGUUCACGCUGGUCACAUUCCGUGUUAGAUACACGAACGUGUCAUCGGCCGAUUAAGCCGUCGUCAUUGUUAAUCUUAUUGUUGUCACGAUAAUAGUUGUUGUUGGUGUUCGUCGUUGUUCGUUGUUGUUGUUGUUGUUGGCGAGAGAAUUAUCGAUCAUCGUCCAUCUCGUCCCGUCUGUCAUCGGAAAACACUGCUCCAGCGAGAGAACGAGAGCGAGAGACAGACAUCACCCGAGGUGGACAGAGAGGAGAUAGUUGGAGAUAGUGGAGAGUGAGAGAGAGAGAGAGUCAGAGAGAGAGAGGGAGGGAGGAGAAGCAGGUGAUUGUUUAAAACCGCAGGAGACAUCGAUCGGUCGCGUGAGCUCCAUCGCAGCGAUACGAGAAGACAUCCACGGACGAAUUAACGCGUCAAGAAUCGUGAGGGGGGGAGGGGGGUGGAGGGGGGUUAAUUCGUUAAUUCAGAAGAACGAUUUUGAGUAGCUCAUCGAUAAGUAUCGAAGCGUCACGAGCACGUGGGAGGCCGUGGAGUUACGCGGUGACGACGGCGAGGCGACCCGGCCCGAGCGAGCGAUGUCCCUCGCUGCCUCCUCCUCCUCCUCUCGCUCUUCGUCGACUCGAGAGCGAUCGUAGCCGGGCAGGAGCCACACAGACGGACGGAUGAUAGACAGACAGAAGGACAGAUGGGCGUCCAGAUUAGAUGAGACGGACGGUACGAGCAGAUAGAUCGAUAGAUAGACGGACGGAUACGAGGCACUAACGGGCGGUGAGAAAUAUCGAGCGGCGGACGACGGACAGAAAGACUUGGAGACGAACGGGGCGAUGAGCCGAGAGAGACAAAGAGACGGGCAAGAGGACAGAUAGACACGAACUUACAGACAGACAGGAACACGGCAGACAGAGUUACGUAAAAUGAGGCUGACACAUUGAUAGACAUCGACAGAGACACACGCGUGCACACACGCACUCGCACACACACUCACUCACUCGUACACGCAUACACUCACUCGCACACACACUCACUCGCACACACUCACACGCACACACACUCGCACACACACACUCACUCGUACACGCACACACACACUCACUUGCACACGCACACACUCACUCGCACACACUCACUCACUCGCUCACACACUCGCACACACACUCACUCGCACACACUCACUCGCACACAAACACACACUCACUCGCACACGCACACUCUCACUCGCACACACACACUCACACACUCACUCGCACACACACACUCGCACACACACACUCACACACACACACUCACUCGCACACGCACACACUCACUCGCACACACACACACUCGCACACACACCCACUCACUCGUACACACUCACGCGUGCACACGCACACUCACUCGCACACACACACAAUCACUCUCACACUCACACACUCCUUGCUCACAAUCGAACACACACCCACGCCUGUACACACUCUUACCACCACCACCACCGCUACCACCACCACCACCGCCACCACCGCCACCACCACGACCACCACGAUGCGCUGGUCGCUGGCACCACGCUUCGCCCUCGUGGCCAUCCUCCUGCCGCGCCUGGCGGGCUCCCAGGGCACCCCGGGCCGCCGCGUCGUGGCGCGCAGAGACGGCGACCUCAUCAUCGGCGCCCUCUUCUCGGUGCACCACCAACCCCCGGCCGACAAGGUGUCGGAGCGCAAGUGCGGCGAGAUCCGCGAGCAGUACGGCAUCCAGCGGGUGGAGGCGAUGUUCCACACCCUCGACCGAAUCAACGCCGACCCGGCGCUGCUGCCCGGCAUCACCCUCGGAUGCGAGAUCAGAGACUCGUGCUGGCACUCGAACGUGGCACUCGAGCAGAGCAUCGAGUUCAUCAGAGACUCGCUCACGUCCGCCGGCGACGACCCCAAGGAUGUGGCGGCGGCGGCGGCUGCGGCCGUUGCCGCGGCUGCCCCAGGGGGUGUCGGCCGAUGCCAGGAGGCCCCCGUGCGCGCCAAGCGUCCGAUCGUCGGCCUCAUCGGGCCCGGCUCGAGCUCCGUGGCCAUCCAGGUGCAGAACCUCCUGCAGCUCUUCAACAUCCCGCAGAUCGCCUACUCGGCCACGAGCAUCGACCUGAGCGACAAGUCGCUCUUCAAGUACUUCAUGCGCGUCGUGCCCUCCGAUCAGCUGCAGGCGCAGGCUAUGCUCGACAUCGUGAAGAGGUACAACUGGACGUACGUCUCAGCGGUGCACACCGAAGGCAAUUACGGAGAGAGCGGCAUGGAGGCGUUCAGGGAGCUGGCGGCCGAGGCCGGCAUCUGCAUCGCCCACGCCGACAAGAUCUACAGCAACGCCGAGGAGGAGAACUUCGAGCGGCUGGUGGCCAAGCUGCAGCUGAAGCUGCCCCACGCGCGGGUCGUGGUCUGCUUCUGCGAGGGGAUGACCGUGCGAGGCCUCCUGGCCGCGCUCAAGCGCCUGGGUCUCGGCGGGCACUUCACGCUGCUGGGCAGUGACGGCUGGGCCGACCGCAAGGAGGUGAUCGCUGGCUACGAGACAGAGGCCGUGGGCGGCAUCACCAUCAAGCUCCGCUCGGCCGACGUGUCGUGGUUCGACGACUACUUCCUGAAGUUGCAGCUGCGGAACAACGCGCGCAACCCCUGGUUCCCCGAGUUCUGGCAGCAUCGUUUCCAGUGCCGCCUCUGGGGCAGUCCGCAGGAGAACAGAGCCUACAAGCGCAACUGCACGGGCAACGAGAACCUGCAGACCAACUACGUGCAGGACAGCAAGAUGGGCUUCGUCAUCAACGCCAUCUACGCGAUGGCCCACGGCCUCCACCGCAUGCAGAGGUCGCUGUGCGGGGGCCACCUGGGCCUGUGCGCGGCCAUGCGUCCCGUGGACGGCAGCGCCCUCCUCGACUUCCUUAUGCGCACCCAGUUCCGCGGCGUCUCCGACGAGGACAUCCGCUUCGACGCCAACGGGGACGCGCCGGGCAGAUACGACAUCAUGCACCUGCAGAACCUGAGCCACGACGACUACGACUACAUCAACGUGGGCAGCUGGGAGAGCGGGGAGCUGCGCAUGGACGACCACAUGAUGUGGACCAACCACAGCAAACUCGUGCGCUCCGUGUGCAGCGAGCCAUGUGGCAUCGGCCACAUCCGAGUGAUCCGCAAGGGCGAGGUGAGCUGCUGCUGGGUGUGCACCCCCUGCAAGGACAACGAGUUCGUGCUUGACGACUUCACGUGCCAGGCGUGCAGGCUGGGCUGGUGGCCCAACGCUCAGCUCGCUGGCUGCGACGCCAUCCCCGUGCAAGUACUUAGUGGAGCGACCCCGGAGGCCAUCGCCGCCGUGGCGUUCGCGUGCGCGGGGCUCCUGGCCACCGCCUUCGUCACCCUCAUCUUCGUGGCCUUCCGCGACACGCCCGUCGUCAAGUCGUCGAGCCGCGAGCUUUGCUACAUCAUCCUGGCGGGCGCGGGCCUCGGCUACGCGUGCACCUUCGCCCAGGUGGCGAGGCCCACGCAGGCCGGCUGCUACUUUCGGCGCAUCGCCGUGGGCCUCGCCUCGGCCAUGAUGUACUCGGCGCUCGUGACGAAGACGAAUCGCAUCGCGCGCAUCCUCGCCGGCAGCAAGAAGAAGAUCUGCACGAAGAAGCCGCGCUUCAUGACCACGUGCGCGCAGCUCGUCAUCGCCUUCAUGCUCAUCGGCGUCGAGGUGGCCAUCGUGGUGGCGCUCGUGCUCAUGGAACCGCCCGAGGUGAUCCCCGACUAUCCGAGCCCACGCGAGGUGCAGCUCAUCUGCCACACGUCCAACCUCGCGGUGGUGGCACCGCUCGGGUUCAACGGGCUGCUCAUCAUGAGCUGCACCUACUACGCGUUCAAGACCCGCAACGUUCCAGAGAACUUCAACGAAGCCAAGUAUAUCGCCUUCACCAUGUACACCACGUGCAUCGUGUGGAUGGCCUUCGCGCCCAUCUACUUUGGCAGCAAGUACAAGGUCAUCACCAUGUGCUUCUGCGUGAGCCUCAGCUCCACCGUGGCCCUCGGCUGCAUGUUCCUGCCCAAGGUGUACAUCAUCCUCGCUAAGCCGGAGCGCAACGUGCGCAGCGCGUUCACCACCUCGAACGUGGUGCGCAUGCACGUGCGUGACGCCAAGCUCACCAGCCGCUCCUCCAGCAUCCUGAGCCUCUUCAAGCGCAAGGGAUCAGCGGCCGAGCCCGCCUGCCCCAAGUCGAGCUCGUGGGGCCAGGCCGGUCGCGCCGACAAGAGCCCUGGCAUCUGGCACCGCCUCUCGGCGCACGUCAAGGGAGACGAGCGGCGCGCCCACGGCGCUGCCACCACCGGCGGCGGCUCCACCGGCUCCGGCGGCGGCUCCGGCUCCGGCGGCGGCUGCGGUGGCGGCAGCGGCGCCGCGACCGCCGGCGGUUCGGGGUGCGCCGGCGGGAACCAGAUGGCGGUGAUCAAGCCCUUCGCCAAAUCGGCCGGGGAGCUGGCGUCGGCGCGCGGCUUCUCGGAGCUUAGCGCCAAGCACCUGUACGACGUCACGGAGGCCGCCGAGGCAGAGGACGAGUCCGGCGCGCCGCGUUUCCCCGCGCCCUACCGAGGCUCGCCCGUCUCGCUGCUCGGCCGGUGCCGUCGCUCCAUCGCCGCGGUCACCACGGGCGCGGCCCCCGAGCGCUCCUCCCGCCCCAGUCGGGACCCCACCACCACAGCCACCUCCUCCUCCUCCACCGCCGUCACCGUCGUCGCCGCGGCCGCCCUAGGGCCGAACCGCCCGGGUCGCGAUCAACGACGUGGAGGAGGAGGUGGAGGAGGAGGAGGAGGUGGUUGCCGCAGCCAGAACAACAACAACAACGACGGCGACGAUGACGAUCGCGAUUACUGCUCGCGCGGCACGUGCGUCAUUGACGAUGGCGAUGAUCGCGUCGACGAUGACGAGGACGACGAGGAGGAGGACGAUGAAGACGAGGAUGAAGACGACGACGACGAGGAGGAGGAGGGCGCGGGGCUGUACGUGUGCGAGCGUCCGCGCAAAAGCAGCUCGUCGCAAGGCUCCCUCACCGAGCAGAUCAACAGCGUCGUCAGCCGCUUCGCCUCCAACAUCCACGAGCUGAACGCGCUCCUCUCCUCCCCGGGCGCUUUUGCUCGCCGCCCCUCCUCCGGCGCGCCGGACGACCCCUCCGCCGUGCUGUCGGCCCGCGACCUCGCGCUCAUGGCGGCGGCCGCGGGAGGCCCCUGCCUGGCGCUGCCUGCGCCGCGUGACCUCUCCCCGGCGCCGGGCACGGCCGAGAUGCUGGCCCCGCGCGCCGCCUCGCCCCGCGGCGCGCCGCCCCCCUGCUGCCUCGGUAAGCGCUCGCUGGCCGCGUCCGACGAUUCGGUGCUUCCCCGGCCGCAGCAGCAGCAGCAGCUCGGGGGUUGUGGCGCGCCCGCUGCGACGGGCCAGUCCCUGCCGCUGCUGGAGGACGCGGUGCCGUGCGCUGGGCGCCUGCGGUCGCUAGCGCUCGCGGACGAGGAGCCGUCCUCGCCGUGUCUCCUGCCCGGCGCCCUGCAUCGACAGUACGGCUCGCAGGGCUACGGCUCGCCACUGCCGCACCACCAGCUUCUCCCACUCACGGCCACUGCUUCGACCAUGAUGAUGCAUCAUCCGCAGGAGCAGCAGCACCAUCAGCAGCAGCAGCACCAUCAGCAGCAGCAGCAGCAGCAGCAGAUGGAGAUCAUUGAAAUGGGCGCACGCAACAAGAGGCAGCAGCAGCAUCCUCAGCAGCAACAACAACAUCAACAGCAGCUGAUGAUGAUGCAUCAGCAACAGCAGCAGCAGCAGCACUUCUCUCCGCGCUGCCGCUACGCAGAGUCGGCGUGCCCCGUGCCCCCGUGCUGCGUGGCGGCCGGGGUCAUGGGCGAGGUGAUCGAGGUGGACGUGGAGAGACACCGCAGGGAGAGGAGGCAGAGCCGGGAGAGCCGGGAGAGCAGAGGCAGCAUGGGCAGCAGGGAAGGCGCAGCAGCAGCGGCAGCAGCAGCAGCGGCGGCGGGGCCAGCCGGAGCGGGCGGCUUCUUCUACGACGAGCGUUCCUUCACCAUCACUCCGCCGUCGCCGUUCCGGGAUUCGAACUGCUCCGGCGGGAGUUCGGGCUCCGUGUCGCCCACCUCGGAGUGCCUAUCGUACUUCCCGGCGCCGCCCAGCUACGCCGCGCUGCUGCUCAAGGAUUACACGCAGAGCUCCUCCUCGCUCUGAGUCUCCCCCGCCGUCACCAACACCGACGACCACGAUGAUGACGAUGAGUUCGUCUCCCGCGCGAGAC